CGGGGCGCGGAGAAGAACUUAACGAUCGAACAAAGGGUUGCUAAUUUGAUCGUCGAGCUUUCUUUUUUAUUUUGAUUCUUUGCGGUGUUUCAAUUCGCAGCAUACUUGUCUGGGCUGUGUGGGGGAUCGUCCUUUGAUACUUGAUCCAGUACUUCUUUUUUUCUUCUAUCCUUUUGCUUCCGGGUAGUGACGGCAUUGGGACCUUUUUUUUUUGCCGCUUAGGACCUUUGCGAGUACCUUGCCUGACACUCCACGCCGAUAGGUGUUUGUGUGCCUGUGUUUGCCGUUUUCGGUUCUUUGUGUUUGCCAUCUUAUAUUUGCCUCUUCAGGGGCGACUAACGUCGGUGCUGUCAUUUGAUUCCCCCUCAAGACAUCAGUCUUCGUCCAUCUCUUGUACAUACCCGAACUAUUCGAUAUCAUCAUGGCUGCGAGACUAUCGACUCAAUGGCUGGUGCCUCUGGCAAGGUCCUCCGUCCGCUGUCGGACUGCUUCCGCACCAGUCUUUUCGGUUCUGGCUGGCCGACCUGCCAUCGCCACUCGGUCCGGAUGUGAGCCUCAGAAGCGGCAUAGCUCUCAUUCCCCGCUGGGGGCGGCCCCGGCCAAUCCCCGCAAGAAGGUGACCAUGCAGACGUUACGGAACCUUUACAAGAAGGGCGAACCAAUUACGAUGCUUACCGCCCAUGACUUCCCCAGUGGGCAUGUUGCCGAGCUAGCGGGAAUGGAUGUGGUUCUGGUCGGAGAUAGCUUGGCCAUGGUUGCCCUCGGCAUGGAGGAUACGAGUGAGAUUCUCAUGGAAGAGAUGUUGCUGCAUUGUCGGAGUGUCGCCCGUGCAGUCAAGAGCGCAUUCACGGUUGGAGAUCUUCCCAUGGGCUCCUAUGAAGUCUCCCCGGAACAAGCUGUUCAAUCGGCCAUUCGCAUUGUGAAGGAAGGUCGCGUCCAGGCUGUCAAGCUUGAGGGUGGUGCCGAAAUGGCACCAACCAUUAAGCGCAUCACCCAGGCUGGUAUUCCUGUUGUCGGUCAUAUCGGGCUUACGCCUCAACGCCAGCACGCUCUUGGGGGAUUCAGAGUCCAGGGCAAAACGACCGCCGGCGCAUUGAGGUUGUUGAAAGAUGCUCUGGCUGUACAAGAAGCCGGGGCAUCCCUCAUCGUGCUCGAAGCAGUGCCUGCCGAGAUCGCCGCCCUCAUUACCAAGAAGUUGCGUAUCCCCACUAUUGGCAUCGGGGCUGGGAACGGCUGUUCCGGCCAAGUUCUAGUCCAGAUUGACAUGACCGGAAACUUUCCCCCGGGACGAUUCCUCCCCAAGUUUGUCAAGAAAUACGCCGACGUCUGGGGAGAGGCCAUUAAGGGCAUCCAACAGUAUCGUGAUGAAGUCAAAAGCCGGGCAUAUCCAUCCGAAGAGUACACCUAUCCCAUCGCAAAGGAGGAGUUGGCUGAGUUUGAAAAGGCCGUGGAACAUAUUCACGAAAAAUGAGUGCCCGUAUUCUCCACUCAGCGUUCCAGUUUAUCUGCUGCAGAUGUUGAGUGAUCCACACUUUUGCAUCAUGACUUGCAUUAUGCCCAGCAAGUUGUUCCAGUGAUACCUUGAUAUUUCAUGUCCAUGUUCAUGAUUCUCAUACAUGAUAAAGGUGCCAGGGUUCUGCGCACAUUGCAUUCCAAACGCUUGUUUCCUGUUAGCUCGAUAUUCGUUAUCUUCUCUAGCAAGAUUACCUGUAAAUAGUAUAGACAAUAAUUGUUAUCAUUAAUCAUCAUCACC